ACUCCUAUCACCACCACCCCUGCACCCCUUCCAAUCACCACAUCAGUACCUAGCGAGCAGUGUCCACGGUUCUACACUGAUCUACUUGAACGAAACGUAACCGUGAAUCCAGAAUUAUCCGGCUGUCGGGUGAACAAUUUCGAGAGGUGCCUGAAGAACGAGAAAGGCGACUACGAGUGUCUGUGUAAGGUCGGCUAUGAGAAACCAGAGACUGGGAAGACUGGCGUGUGUGCAGAGGUGAUGGAACAUCCCUCUCAGCUCACGGUCGACAACAAGCCUUGGGACAACAAUUACUGCCAUAGGAACUCCGCAGUCUUUCUGGAACUCCUUAAUAUGCUGACUAAACUGUAUCUGGCCGCAGCUCAGGAGGCCAAUCUAGACUCAUUCCAGAGGUGUGAAAUUGUAAGCGUGGCAGGUCUUGGUACAGGAGAAGUCUGCAGCGCGACUCUGAAAGUCAAACGGGACGUGAAGACACUCCCGAAUGGAACAGCGGGAAGAUGGGUCGUAAAUGACGCGGGAGAGGAAGAGAGAAAGAUAGAUGGCCUGAUGAUAAAGAAUAACGUCAUCAUGAGAGACACAGACACCUACACUAAGGAUACAGCCCACAGGAUGAAGAGGUCACUCGUGAAGGUCGUGGAGGACAAAGAAUUCACGCAAGAACUUGGACUCGAAAUCCCAUCAGAGAAGAUUGAUUUUGAGGGUCCAACACCCAACUUAUGCGGAUCUCGAGUCGUAUGUUUGUCUCCUCAAGCUACGUGUAGAGACGUGAAGGACCCAGAGCUGGAAAUCCAAGAGGGUCAAUGUUUCUGUAACACUGGACUCGAAGACUUCUCCCCACAAGGGUCAACAGGAGAAGUGUGCGCCUCUCCGUGUCUUGAGAAUUUCUGCGGCUACGGCGGAUACUGUCAGCACACUUACACGUACGAACUGGAAUGCAAAUGUUCCUCUUGGUACUACUCAGGCGAGAAGUGUACAUACGACAUGAGAGUUGUGAUUGGUGUUGUGGCUAGCGUCCUGUCCAUCGUUCUCGUCCUGGCCGGUGCUGCCCUCUACUGGAGGCGACGAAGGCGACGUGGAUUAUUCCCAAUACUUUCUACCCAUUCCUCCUCGUCCUCACAGCAAGAACCAGGUGAUUAUAGGGCCAUGAACCCCAAUGUAACGACGGAGCUGAAGGGCGACCGUGAGACUCCUGACCAACAGUAUGACAGAGUUGAGGACCCCCACCACCACCACCGCCAACCACGGGUCCUGAGAAUCGUAAACCGACGACCACUGACAGCUACCAACACUCAGCAGAUACAAAUCGAUGGCAUGACUGAUUCUUCCACUAGUGAUGACUUUGAUUAUAGAUAUCCAGGGGUUAGCCAUUCAAGACCGACAGGGCGAGUAGACUUCAUGCCGACAGAACAACAGCGAGUAUAUUCUAUACCGACGAGUCCACAGCGAACUGACUCCAGUCCAACAGAAAUACAGAGAAGACACAGAAUAUCGACAGAUUUACCGCCGUCACCACCUGCCAGGGAACAUCACAGCUCCUUGGCGAUCCCUAGAGCGAGGAUUUGGUCCGGUCUGCCCGAUCAGGUGUAAACAAUAUGAUAGCUGGGUGAUGAUGGCGCAGUUAUUGGCGCAGUUCGAUGCUUCUUCUUCCAUUCAUGCAGUGAGCUUAUGUUGAGGGCGGCUACUGGGUUUACGAGACCAGUUCAGUUAACCCUCUCUCUCUCUCUCUCUCUUUCUCUCUCUCUCUCUCUCUCUCUCUCUCUACGUGCACUGUGUAUCACUAUAAAUACUGAAUGACUGAAUAACUGAUUAAGUGAUUGAGUUUUGAGUAUACUUUAUAUUUUUGUAUCUUUCAUCACUGGUAAGAGACUGUGUACAAGUUUAUGUGUGUACAAUAUGUAACAGUUCAUUAUAUUGUCCUUUAUUAAACCUUAUAAUACAAAAAGAACUAACAAAAACAGGUAUUGAAUUAGUUGUAUAUUUCUGGAGUUUAUAUAAUAUACAUGAAAAUAUAUAAAGUCAGUUAUAUAUGAAACAAUUAUUAUAUAUAGAGAUUAAUUGAUGCCUUAACACCAUAGUCUUUGUCGUGAUCAUGUUCAACGUAUGAUUGGUUUAUUAAGUGUUUUUACUACUUGUAGACGAAUUACUUAAGGAUAGUUUCUCUCCAUUUAACUACGUCUUUCUUGUACUGUUCUCACCAACUCAAAAUGUAAAUUAGGUGAUAAUUACUAAACACUUGUCUUUAAAUAAAAUGAACAAGAGUAUUAA